AUGACUGUGGUGGAAUACACUGCAAAAUGUAUGGAGUUGUCCCGUUUUUCCCCAGAACUAGUCAGCUCGGAGAAAUUUAAAAUGUCCCGCUUUUUCGAAGGGUUAAAUUUCAAGUAUCGGAAGAGGGUGGGGUACUACACCAACUAUCAAGAGUUAUAUGAUGGGGCACUAGAGCAGGAGCGGAUUGAUAAAAAACAGGAAGAGUCAAAUAGGAGGAAGAAUGGAGGUAAAGCGAAUGAUGGAGGAAAUGAACGAGCAAGGAGUGGCUCAAAACAACAACAAAGAGGUGAAAGUCAGCAAAAGGCACCAAAAAGGGGCAAAGCUUGUUUUAAGUGCGGAAAGGAUCACUGGGGAAAGAGCUGUGAGGGAAAGGAAGUCUGUUUUGGAUGCAAGAAGCCGGGUCACAGGUUUAGAGAUUGUCCUCAGAGGUCCGGAACUGGUGAAGGCUCCGGGAGGCAAACUGGAUUUGUUGGGUACAAUCGAGCAGGGGUAAACCCUCAGGGUUUCCAAGGUAGGAAUGCGGGAUUCAAUCAAGGAAAUCGGGGAAAUCUGGGAAAACCCCGGGCAUAUUCUCUAUGUCUGAAAGCUCCCAAGGAAUCUAAAGAAUCCUACAACUGGAGGAAUUGCCCUGUUAGAAUUUCCGAGAAAGAGUUCAUAGCAAAAUUAGUUCAGUUUGAACUAGGGAUCUAUGAUGUAAUAUUAGGAAUGGAUUGGUUGAGGGAUCAUAUGGCAGUGAUAGAGUGUACUAGGCGGACCAUCCAACUUACAACAGCCUUAGGAACUCAAGUAAGAUAUGAAGGGGUUAAAGUGAGACCUAAGGUACAAAUAGUAUCUGCUCUAAAGAUGAUGAAGGAGUUAAAAAGGGAGAACGUCGGGUACCUGUGUCAAGUGGUGGACACCACUAAAGUUGUGAUGAAACCAGAGAACAUAUCGGUAGUUAAGGAUUUUUGUGAUGUAUUUCCUGACGAGUUGCUUGGAUUACCCCCUCACAGAGUUGUAGAUUUUCAUAUAGACUUAAUGUCUUAA